CAUAAACACGCACCAGCACAACUCUGUUUAGAACAACUAUCACUCGCAUUUCAACAUUGUUAGGGGAAGUUUAAGUCUUGAAGAUCAGUAUUUCCCUUAAAACAGCUUUGGCAAGGUGGAUUUUAGGUGGGACAACUAACUUUUCCAGAGCGCAUCGAGACUGAGCGCGCCGCGUACGACUGGAGAGUGCGAGGUCUGAGGCACACUUCUGCCGUCACUUCACGGACAAGAGAUCAUUGAGUAUGCAGUAACAGGAUACUGAACUUGGGCAGAAGGAGAGAUUUCAUCUGUUUUCAGGCUCGCAUGGAGGGUGAGAACCAUUUACAGCACUGGAAGACAUUAAGGUGUUUUCUGUUGUGCCUUGCAGUCCUUAUCCUUACGACUGAGGUCAACGCAGGAGUGAAGAAGACUGGUGGACCAUGUGGGGGUAGAGACUGCAGCGGAGGGUGCCAAUGUUUUCCUGAGAAGGGCGCAAGGGGAUUGCCUGGCCCCCUUGGUCCCCAGGGGCCCUCAGGCCCUAAUGGGCGACCAGGAGACCCUGGUCUCCAGGGCCCUAAAGGAGAGAAGGGAGACCGUGGCAGAGGAGGCUUUAUGGGUCCAAAAGGAAGUGUGGGAAUGGAAGGUGUUCCAGGGUUUAAUGGAGCAGAUGGUGUUCCGGGCCAUCCUGGGCCGUCUGGGCCUCGUGGAAAACCAGGAGCUGACGGUUGUAAUGGAACUCGGGGAGAUUCAGGAACAUCAGGACAGCCAGGAUUCAGUGGCGGACCUGGAAUAUCAGGCCGGCCAGGAAUGAAGGGGGAGAGGGGUGACCCUUUGGAGGUGUGGGUCUAUAUGGAAAGAUUCAGGGGAGAUCCAGGACACCCAGGUUUACCAGGAUUUAUGGGACCAACUGGUGACCCCGGGUACAGAGGACAGCCAGGAUUUCAAGGUCCUUGGGGUCCUCCUGGAAGUAAAGGUGUUAAAGGAAAAAAGGGUGAAAGCACUAAGAUAUUAAAAGGAGUCAAAGGAGAACUGGGGGAGACUGGAGAGCCGGGCCUACCAGGACCUUACUCGCAAACCCAACCUGCCCCUCCAGAAUGGCAGGGUGUAAAAGGCCUUAAAGGAUAUAAAGGUGAAACAGGAGAUUUGGGAUAUUUAACCACCAAAGGAGAGACUGGUGUGUCAGGUUUUCCUGGACAGCGGGGAAACCAAGGACGAAAUGGCUUGCCAGGACUUAGGGGUAACACUGGACUACCAGGUUUCCCAGGAAGUUAUGGACGCAAGGGAGACAGAGGAGAACCCGGAGAGCUGAUAAAUUCUUUUGAUGAUACUGGAGUGGGUCCUCCAGGACCUCCAGGAGAGCGGGGUCCAACUGGAAGAUAUGGUUCUAAGGGUGUCAAAGGACAGCCGGGUCCCGCAGGCCCCCCUCCUACUGAACAACAAACAGUGGAUAUGUGGGGUCCAGAGGGACCACGGGGACCAAAGGGAGCCAAAGGUGAAGCUGGAGAACCAGGUAAUCCUGCCACUCAGCCUGGGCCACCUGGCCCUGAUGGGCUUCCUGGAUUUCAAGGACCACCUGGAGCAAAGACAUCAUUGGAAGAAUACUUCAAAGGUGCACCAGGACCACGUGGACGUCCAGGAAGUGCAGGGAAAAAGGGACCAAAGGGUGACCAUGGUCUGUGCGAUUGCGAUGUAAAAUCCCCACCUGGUCCUCCGGGUCCUCCUGGAGACGCUGGGGACAUUGGCAUGGCAGGCGAGUGGGGUCAGCAGGGUGAUCAGGGCCAGCCAGGACCCAAAGGCCUGGAUGGUCUACAUGGUUACCCUGGUACAAGAGGAUCACCUGGACCCAAAGGCAGAAAAGGAGAGCUGAAAGCCGCUACACAGAAAGGACAACCUGGUGACCCAGGGGACUCGGGUACUAGUGGUUUCCCAGGAGAGCAAGGAAGGCCUGGGUUAGAUGGAAAAGAUGGUGAACCAGGUUUUCAGGGACCUACUGGAGAGGGUCCUGUAGGUGAGCCUGGAGAGAAGGGAUACCCAGGUCGGACAGGUCCUCCAGGUCUAAUAGGUCAGAAAGGACAACCUGGUCAGGUUUACGGAGCAACUAAAGGUGUAAGAGGCCUUCCUGGAGACGAAGGACAAGUUGGUAGCGAUGGAAGACGAGGGUUACCUGGUCCACCAGGAGAUUGCAGUCCACAAGGAGAAGGUCAGUGGAGUAUUCCAGUGGAUUGUAUUGGAGAUCCUGGGCCACCUGGAGAGACAGGGCAGCCUGGACUUCCAGGGCUUGAUGGAUUUCCAGGAGUCCCAGGUGUUAAAGGUGCACCAGGUGCUUUUGGAGAACCUGGAGCCAAAGGAGAGCAAGGUGAACCAGGAAGAGGAGGCCCACCUGGGCCAAGAGGUUUUGUUGGACCUCGUGGUGACUUAGGAUAUCCUGGCACCAAAGGUGUGGAAGGAGCUUCAGGCCUUUCUGGUAAACCAGGUUUGGAUGGUGCUUCAGGGGAAAAGGGUGAACAUGGUGACGUUUUAGGAGCAUCUUCUGGAGCCCCUGGAGACUUUGGACUGCCUGGACCGAGGGGUGUCAUUGGUCUUCCAGGAGACCCAGGAUCUCAAGGACACCCAGGUAUGGAGGGAAUGCCAGGUAUGAUUGGCCUUAAGGGUGAAAGUGGCCCUCCAGGUCUUCAAGGAGAGUUAGGAAAUCCUGGACCGGCUGGAACAUUUGGCUUUCCUGGGCGGUCUGGUGAAGUAGGACCUCCUGGACCACCUGGAGAAACCGGAGAACCAGGUCCAAGUGGAAAAAGGGGAGAUCAGGGAGACCAAGGCCUUCCUGGGCCCCAAGGUGUAAAGGGUUUCAGUGGAGAAACAGGAAAUAUUGGUCUACCAGGAAAUAUUGGGCCCCCAGGAGAUCCAGGACAUCAGGGCCCAUUUGGUAUUGAUGGUUUUCCAGGGAUAAAAGGCUCCAAAGGUGGUCAGGGCAUGACAGGUUUCCCUGGAAUGCCUGGUGAGAGAGGUGUCAAGGGCUUUUCGGGACAAAAAGGGGCGAUAGGUGAUCCAGGACAACAGGGUGUAAAAGGACCUCCUGGUGCUCCAGGUCUAAAAGGUGACAGAGGGUUGAUGGGGCCUCCAGGUGAAAAGCCAGUCAUACAUAUCACACCACAUAUGAAAGAGGUCAUGAAGGGAGCUAAAGGUGACCAUGGAAACAUGGGAGAUCCUGGCUUCACUGGUCCCAGAGGUACAAAAGGUCUUCCAGGUGUUCCAGGAACAUGGGGUAGAGAUGGACAUCCAGGUGAUCCCAGUGAUACAAAAGGUACUAGAGGUCUUCCCGGAGCAGAAGGAUUCCCAGGCACUAAGGGAAUGCCAGGGCCUACUGGACUUCCUGGGAUUGGUGGAUUUCCUGGAAGUUCUGGACCCAGGGGUGACAAAGGCUCGUCUGGUGCCUAUGGACGGACUGGAGAAUCUGGAAUCAAGGGAAUAAAAGGUGAAUUGGGUCCUACCAUCAGUCUUCCCGGAUCAACAGGACUGAGAGGCGAAACUGGGCUGCCUGGACCUUUAGGUGAGAAGGGACUCACAGGUCAUUCUGGAGACAGGGGAAGUCCUGGUUUUGAUGGCAUUGAAGGGAUGAAAGGCUAUCCAGGAGAACCUGGAAAAGGUGGAGCACCAGGUUCUGAUGGCCUACAAGGUUUCCCAGGAACCCAGGGUCAAAAGGGCUGGCCUGGCGUGCCUGGACAGGCAGGAACCCCUGGAAUCCAAGGUCAACCGGGACAAAAAGGAUUUCCUGGUCUUAAAGGCAUUUUUGGACUGGAUGGCCUGAAGGGUCAAAAGGGUAUCACUGGUGUUCCAGGUUUUGACAGCGUGGGCCGUCCUGGUGAGCCAGGAACAAAAGGAGAGAGAGGAGAGACCGGCAUCCCCAGCAUAGAGGCUGGUACCCCCGGAGAGGUGGGAUUCAAGGGUUUCGUUGGAGAUCCAGGUAAUAAGGGUGAUCCUGGGCGUCCAGGUGUACCGGGUCCUCGUGGUCCACAAGGAUUCUCUGAUAUAAAAGGGGUGCAAGGCGACAUUGGCUUUCCAGGCCCAAAAGGACUUUCAGGUUUUCCUGGUCCCAGAGGGAUCCCAGGUGACCCAUCGCCAUUCGGAGCAAAAGGAGAAAACGGAAAUCCAGGUGAAUUUGGACUUACUGGAGCAAAAGGAUUCCAGGGGGACGCAGGAGAAAAAGGACCGUCAGGAGAAUCUGGAGUGUCAGGAAGAAAAGGUGAGAAAGGAGAGCCAGGAAUGAUGGGAUUUCCAGGAAAACAUGGUUUUGAAGGCGAUAGGGGCCCUGUUGGACCUAAAGGUGAUACUGGACCCCCAGGUUUUCCUGGCUUACCUGGUGCUAAAGGACUUCCACCAGUUCCAGUGAAACUACCAGGCGAGAGAGGACCACCUGGCCCAAUGGGUAUUCAAGGACCACAAGGACGGAAUGGAAACCCAGGCCCUGCUGGACCUCCUGGUGAUCCAGGGUUUUUGGGUCCACAGGGUGAAAAAGGCAUGCCAGGUCUACCUGGAAUACCAGGAAAUCCAGGCUUCCGUGGAGAUCAUGGACAAAUGGGCCAUCCUGGUCUACAAGGCGAAGAAGGGUCACGAGGGGGCCCUGGUUUACCUGGUCCUAUUGGAAUGCCUGGUCGCAGUGUUAAUGUUGGCUACCUGCUGGUGAAGCACAGUCAGUCUGAGCAGAUCCCCAUGUGCCCUGUGGGCAUGUCCAAGUUAUGGGACGGUUACAGUCUUCUGUACUUUGAGGGACAGGAGAAGGCCCACAACCAAGACCUUGGUCUAGCCGGCUCAUGUCUACCCCGUUUUAACACCAUGCCCUUCCUGUACUGCAAUCCUGGAGACGUGUGCUACUACGCCAGCCGCAAUGACAAAUCCUACUGGCUGUCCACCACCGCACCAAUUCCCAUGAUGCCCGUGGAGGAGGCCGAAAUAAAACCGUACAUCAGCCGCUGCUCCGUGUGCGAAGCUCCAUCUGUGGCCAUCGCCGUACACAGUCAAGACAUAACAAUCCCACAAUGCCCAGCAGGCUGGAGAAGUCUCUGGAUUGGCUAUUCCUUCCUUAUGCACACGGCAGCUGGAGAUGAAGGUGGCGGUCAGUCCCUGGUGUCUCCAGGCUCCUGUCUAGAAGAUUUCCGCACCACACCCUUCAUCGAGUGCAACGGGGCCAAGGGUACGUGUCACUACUUCGCCAACAAGCAAAGUUUCUGGUUGACAUCUAUCGAUCAGACCUUCCAGAGUUCCCAUUCCGCUGAGACACUGAAAGCUGGGCAGCUCCUGUCACGCAUCAGCCGAUGCCAAGUGUGUAUGAAAAACCUGUGAGCUGUAACUUGUGACACUAUUGCAGCAAAGCAGCAUUACAGUUAAUACCAGCAGAGCGAUCCAUCCGAAUACGUCAUUCCAAUUGUCAGCCGGAUGUCAGUGUCGCAAGUUAGGCUUUUGAAAUUGCUUAAUGUAUUUAAUGUAUCACAUAUGACGCCCUCAGAUUCCCUCUUCACCACUACUGUGUGCCUUAUGACUGAAGAUAUGUACAUGUGCAUAAUGAGAAGCCAAACCAGAGAUGCAUGAAAGCAUAACUACGAUAUUUCUCUGUAUUAUUUACUUUUAUAUAUAUGAAAUGGUGCUUAACUUCUAACUUAUUACCUCAGCAUUAUCAGACCUGAAUUAAUAUUACCAAAAACAUACAGCUGAACCAAAGAAGCCCAUGCUUAUGCACUUCUCUGCCCUUCUGUGUUAUGCAAUAGCACAUUGUGAAUGAAGGGCUGGGAAUCAAGAACCGGUUUUUACUCAAAACAAGCUUCUUUUUUUAAGGCAGUGUCUAUUUACACUAAAUGCAAAUAGCAGACUUUGUAUCUACCCUUAGAAUAAAUAGCAUAUCACUUCUGCCCAGCUAACAGGGAACGUUUUCAGUCAUUUGAAGCAGGCCUGUUGGUUUAAUAAAUAUAAUAUUUAAAGGGAUAGUUCACCCAAAAAGGAAAAUCACCCCAUGAUUUACUCACCCUCAAUCCAUCUCAGGUGUAUAUGACUUUCUACUUUCAGACAAAUACAGUUGGCGUUGUAUUUAAAAAAAUUACUGGCUCUUCCAAGUUUUAUAAUGGCAGUGAAUGGGUGUUGAUUUUUUGAAGUCCAAUAAAGUGUAUCCAUCCAUCAUAAAAAGUACUCCAUGCAGCUCCGGGAGGUUAAUAAGGUCCUUCUGAAGCAAAUCAAUGUGUUUUUAUAAGAAAAAUGUCCAUGUAAAGUAUAAUAUAAUAUAAAUAUAAAAAUAUAAAUUUAAUGUCCAUAUAAAAAUGGUAAAACUUUAUAAACUGUAAUCUCUAGCUUCAGCUAACUCUCGUAGGCUAAUAUACAAGAAAGGUGCGUUCCAGUGGAUGACGUAGGAUGUUGUCAUGGGUAUGCUACAAUGAGAAUAUGCUAGUCUGGCAAGAACUUUAUUUACAGCAAAGGAAAACCAGUCUCCUCUUGGCUUACAUGGAAAUCCUCCAACAUUUUUCUUUACAAAUCCUUAUUUUGUAUUUCUAAUUUGUGACCGGUGUUCUGUUUUGCUCUCUCCACUGCACUUCUGCAUUUGUCACUUACCCCUACGUCCUACAUCUCUCGUGAGCACGCGUACAACAGUUAGAGGAUAAUAGAGAUUAUGCGUAAUAUGGGUAGAAGACAGAGAUUAAAUAUGGGUAGUUUUCUUACAAAAACGCAUCAGUUCACUUCAGGUUUUAUUAUUAACCCCUGGAGCUGGGUGGAGUACUUUUUUGCUGAAUAGACACACUAUAUUGGACUUCUAUUGGUCUGUUGAAUAUUAACACCCAUUCACUAUCACUAUAAAGCUUGGAAGAGCCAGGACAUUUUUUACUAUAACUCCGGUUGUAUUCGUCUGAAAGAAGAAAGUCAUAUACACCUAGGAUGGCUUGAGGGUGAGUACGUCAUGGGGUAAUUUUCAUUUUUGGCUGAACUGUCCCUUUCAAAAGACAGCAAAAUAAAAUCUUUUUAUGAAAGAACCUCAUCAUUUGAUUAAAAAAUAAAAAUAAAAAAAAGGGUAGUGAUUGCAAUAAGAAUCACUGUCCAUCCCCUCUUUUUAAAAAUGAAUAAAGGAAUUUUUAACAGAACCACUGAGUCAAUAAAUUUAAUCAGAAUCGGAACCAGAAUCAUUUCAUUCCACAUAUUUCCCAUCCCUAUUGAACAGCCAUAACAUCUGUCAUCUGUCAAAGGCACAAUGCUUAAAGGAGAAGUUCACUUCCAGAACAAGAAUUUACAGAUAAUUUACUCACCCUCUUGUCAUCCAAGACGUUUAUGUCUUUCUGUCUUCAGUCGUGAUGAAAUUAUGUUUGUUGAGGAAAACAUUUCAGCAUUUUUCUCCAUAUAGUGGAUGUCUAUGGUUUGAACUUCCAAAAUGCAGUUUCAGUGCAGCUUCAAAGGGCUCUAAACAAUCCCAGCCGAGGAAGAAGGGUCUUAUCCAGCAAAAUAAUUGGUUAUUUUCAAAAACAAAAAAGACAAUUUAUAUGCUUUUUAACCUCAAAUGCUUGUCUUUUCUAGCUCUACAGGAACUUUUUGCAUUCCAGUUCAUGACAGUUAGGGUAUGUCAAAAAACUCACAUCUCAUUUUCUCCUCCAACUUCAGAAUCAUCAUACACUGCUGCUGGGCACAGCCCCAGUGUUUACAAAGUGAAAGUGCAAAGAAGGUCAAAUGUCCUUUACAAAAAAAGUAAAACAGCGAUGUAGGACGAUUUUGGAGGAGAAAAUUAGAUUAGUUUUUCGACCUACCCUAACUGUAUUGACCCGGAUCACAGAGAGUAUGCAUGCACAUGGCAGAGCUAGACAAGACAAGCAUCUGAGGUUAAAAAGUAUAUUAAUUGUACAUUUUUUAAAAAACAAACAAUCGUUUUGCUAAAUAAGACCCUUCUUUCUCAGCUGAGAUUGUUUAGAACCCUUUGAAGCUGCAUUUCUAUGGGCACCAUAGAAGUCCACUAUAUGGAGAAAAAUACUGAAAAAAAGAAAGACAUGAUAAGAGGGUGAGUAAAUUAUCUGUAAAUUUUUGUGGCUGCUUUAAAUGCAGUGCUAUCUGUUAUUACUUUUAAACUCUUAUAUAAAUAUAAUUUCACCAGACUUACACUAACACCAUCUUCCGCUGCCUGUACAUUAUUUUUGCUUUGUGUUUGUUAUUUGAUGUGCUAUAUUUGAAGCAUUUUUUAAGCAUUACCCCUGUAUCAUGUAAUGUUGUCACACCUGUAAUGGCAAUAUUUAUCUCAUGAUAACAGAGUAGGGUAUUCAUUAGGUAUUUUGUUUCAUAAAGGUCAUAAACUCUGAGACUUGAAGCUUUUUACUAGAGUUUUGUCCAGUCAAGAGGCUCUGGAUUCUGGUUUGUUGGAGAUGAACCCUCUCUUGGUUACACCAAUUGCACUGAUUGUUUUAGGAGGUUUACAGGACACAUGUUCAGGUCAUUAGAAGAUAAGUGUUCAAUCUUUGUCCCACGUUCACAUGAUCAAGCAAGCUAUAUUCUCUGUAAACAAAGUCAGUAAACAAUGGCUAAGUGAAAUGCGUUCAAGCUGUUUUGAACUUUGAUCAGCUUUGCUUAAUUUUCAGUGCACAUUGCACAAGUAUUAUUGUCCCUGAAGCCCAUAAACCACUAACAUGUAUUUGGCACCAGUAAAGAGAACCAAAAAAAGUAUUCAAAACACUUUAUGCAUUGAAAACGUCACUGCUUUUUUAUCAUAUGUACUUUAAAUGUAAUUAUGUGGAAUAUUUGAAGACAUUGAUUUCAAGUUGUAGUGUUAUUGAUUAAAAGAACAAUAAAUGCUUUUUGUUUGUUA